UUCUUCAGUCGCUACACUAUACUAUAAGACCAUAAGGUCAUAUUUAAAGUAUAGAUAAAAAUAUGCUUUAUUAGUUAUCGAUUUUUAUUGAAAAAUGACACUGGAAGCAGAAUCUCAAUCAAUCUGAUCUGUUAGUUCAUGUAUAGAUGAAAAUACUCCAAACGGUUUUUGAUUUCAGUAAGGUGCUGCGAUAAGCAUUAGUCAAUUGUCUUUGAUCAAGUACGCAUAAGAAGUUGGAGAACGUCGCAAUGAGUUACGAAAAUACUGAAUAUUUUCCAGAGGAAUUCAAAAUGUUGUAUGAAAUAGCCGGUGGUAAAAUGUAUACGACAAUAGAAACCUCACAAGUUGAAGAGAAACAUAAGGAAGUACAGAUCGGUAAACCCGUUAAGAUGGCAAAAAAGAGAAUAGCACAUGUUCCAAAAUAUAUAGAUGAUGUGGAAGUUAUUGCUAUCGAUUAUAAUCCAAACAUCGAAUCCAGAAAAAUCCCUGAAGAGCAAACUGACAUACAACGGAUUAUUUCUAAGCAGAAACUUAUUGAUAAAGUGAUUCCUCAAAUGGCAGACAAUACAUUGGUAAAUUGUAACGAUGUAUUAUUAUCAAAUUCUGAAAAUAAUAGAAAAAGAAAAAGGACUGAUCGAAAUGUAUGUGCUGCAAAACAAGUAAAAUUAGAACUCUCCGGAAAUAUGAUGGAAAACUGCACAAGACCAAGGAAACCUCAAAAACAAUCGGUUAAGGAAAAUAUGUCUUCAAAUUUACAAAAUGUUGUAGCUGGUAAGGAACCUUUGAAACCACAAAAGGUUCGACAAUAAAAAAUGGAUCCAAGAAUGGCGUUAUUGAAGAAAUGUAGACAACUAAAAAAGCGAACAUAAAAAUAUA